CUUCCUCCUCCUUUCCUUUUUUUUUUGCAAGUACCUGAGCGGUUUUUCCAUUGAUUUCUUUCUUGAUCUCCAAGCCCAAACGUGUCUCCCUUUUUAUUUUUCUGUGUUUCAAGAGCGUCAUCGCUGACCAAUCUGUGCCUUUUCAUUGACCACUUUGCCCCUUGAUACGUGGCUUCCUUUUCCUCAUGCACUUGGUGAUAUCUGUUGCUUCUAAACAUGGUCCAAGCAUCGGGCUUUCUUUUCACUUUGCUUCUCCGCUGUGCCCUCAUCCUAUAAUUACAUGUGACAGGUCUUGAUCUUCCCCAUACACAAAGCGGGAUAGAGCCAUGGAUCAUGAGAUGGAGCUCAAGGGGUGUUUUCGCCGGAUCAAGAGCUGCGCUGUUGAACUCUUCUCGACAAUGGAGGAGGACCUGGAGAUCGACGACGAGGACUCAUGGGACCUUGUGGGGAGGGACAUCCGGCUGAAGGCCACCUUCCUGUACAUUGACCUCAGCCGUGUGAUCGCCUGCUGCGAGGGCGAAGAGCACAAGAAGGCACUCAACGUCCUCGCCAACCGGUUCUUCUACUCCAUGGAUGAGCUGGGCGACGCGGUGGAGAGCAGGAGCCUCCCCCUGACGCAGGUGCGCUACAGCGACACGGCCGACGCGCUCCGCGAGGUGGUCGCCGUCCUCGCGCCGUCCCUGCAGCUCGGCCCCUGCGGCGAUCCGGAGGAAUAGAGAAACCAUGUCAGGUGCGAACGCGUUGCCGCGUCGUGACGCGGGCGAGGCGCUGGAUCAGCGGAUCUUCAUUCCAAUGAUAGGAUAGCUUGGCAUCUUCUCUAGAAGGAAAGGAAGGAUGGGAUGAGAGCCAGCCAGGAGCCCAGUGCGGCUUUGAUAUGUGGCAUGCGAUCACCUGUGUGGCUGUGUACAUAUCUUUGGAUUGGGCUGUUAGCGUCUUCUCGCUUCCGUUU